AUGGCUUAUAGGGGAGCGUACAAUCCAGAUGCGCUGCCAGCACACGCUGAGCCCGAGCAGGUGGCUCAAAUGCUCGGUGCGAUGCAACCAUCACAAUCUCACCAAGCCGCUCAGAGCCAGCGGCCUCAAGGCAUCCCCGAACAACAUUCUCAGCGUCGUACCUCUGCCACCCAAUCAUUCCAACCUUCGCGGCCACUAGGUGGGGGACGAUAUGACUAUCCAGCAUCAUCGAACGGUCCUCCCCGAGUCGAUCCAUAUUACAACCAAAAUCCGAACCACUCGAUAGCGAAUCGUCUUCACUCGCCUCCACCCCAGCACUAUGGCUUCGGUCCGCGCCCUGCUCAUCCGGCUCAAAAUCGACCACCGCCCUCGUCAUACCCUCCACGUACACCCUUACCCCAAAGUGCCGGCGGAGCUGCCCUGCCAGCCUCAAACGAACCACACGACCUUUUCCCCCUCUUUCGUGCCGCCAACGCAUCUAAUUCGGGGUCCCUCAGCGCAUCGGAGCUAGGUUCUGCACUCGUAAAUGGAGAUUACACCUCGUUCAAUCGAGACACCGUCACCAUGAUGAUUCGUAUGUUUGACCGGGAUGGCAACGGUACAGUAGGGUUCGACGAGUUCGUUGCGCUCUGGAGAUUCUUAGCUGCAUGGAGAGGGCUAUUUGACCGCUUCGAUGAAGAUAUGAGUGGCCGUAUCAGUUUCCAGGAAUUCAGCAAAGCUCUGGUGGCAUUCGGCUAUAAGCUAAGCCACACGUUUGUUCAGACAUUAUUCACAACAUUCGAAAGUAAGGGGCAACGGAGUACAGCAUUGGUUCCUACUCGGAACGAUGGAAUGAGCUUUGAUCUUUUUGUACAGGCUUGCAUUACCCUGAAGCGAAUGACUGAUGUUUUUAAGCGAUACGACGAUGAUCGGGAUGGAUAUAUAACACUAAGUUUUGAAGAAUUUUUAACAGAAAUUUUGCCACUGCGAGAAUAA